AUGGCUCCAGGUUGUCCUUCUAGGCAACAUGUUGUUUUGGAGUCAGUCCACAAGUGCUUGCCCCUGAAGACCCAGAAUGGCGCUGGAUUGAUAGUGUGCGCUUCAUCAACCCAGCUGCUAGUUUUGUCUUGUGUGCACUGUUCACACUGCAACCUGAUUGAUGUGAUGUUGUUUGUUUCAACCACUGCAUUGAGGAAGCCAGCGCCACGAGAAGUGUUGCAUGGUGGCGGGUCCUCUGUCGUUGUGCUUGAUGACAGAGAGCGAUUAGACAGUAGCUGCAGGUUUAGGCAUUAUUGGUGA